UGAAAAAACUAAAAAUGCAUUGUUGUUAAAUCUUCUUCAAGUUAAAUAAUCCAUUAUGGUGUGAGAUGUGAUUCUUUCAGCAGUUUAGUAUGAGAUCUUCACUCAACGCCCUUGUAUUCUUGCAGCUUCCAUUGUUGAUAAUCACAAUGCGGUAUUUGCCCUGUCAUGCAAGAGGCCUCAGUUUGAGCAGUGAGUACAGAUUUGGGUGGCUAAAAUGUACAACUAGAUCUUACUUAAUCAUUGGAGCUUGGAAGCGCUUUUCCUUUUGGAUCAUUCAAAGGGAGCUGCUGGCCCGAUCAAGUUGCCCCCAUGGGCAUUAUUCAUCCUUGACGCAUCAUUCCAUGAUUGUUUGUAUGAUUCUAAAUCUUUAUAACUCACUUAAUCUAUCUAUAUGAACAAUGUAAUUACAGAAUGAUGAUUUGAAGGGCAUUUGUCAUUGAGAAUGGCAAAGAUGUUAAUUUGCAAAUUCUAGGUGUUAUAUCUACAAAGAGUCAUGCUAAUCUCAUGGCAGUCUGACGCAGAUUGUUUUCAUCUGCAAUUAAUUUAGUCUUUCAAACCUCACACUGAAGCAAGUGUAUCUCAUGCAGAAUGUUUCCUUCUUAAACAGUUAAAGUUUUUCUUUUAGUUUCAGUUUCUUAGGGCUUCUGACACCACGUUCUAUAGAGAUGGCUUUGUCUAUUCUUAAAGGACUGCUCCAAGGAUAUGUUCAGUCAUUGUUUGACGAGGGGAUAGUAAAUGAUCAGUUUUCUCAGAUUCAUACUUUGAAAAGUGAGGAGGAACCUGAGCAUGUUGUGCAGCUGAUUGAUAAGUACUUUGUUGAUGUUGAAACAAUCUUAUCAGAACUUACAAGCAAAAUUGAUUGUCCUGAUGUUGAUUUCUCAAAGCUGUCUGAACUGGUUCACAAAGUAGAUGAGAGAAGCUUGAGCAUUGGUGCCAAGCAUGUGAAACUUGCAUGUGCUGAUCUCAUAAAGUCUUGUGAUCAGAUGAACAAGGAAAAUUUCUCCAGAGCCUUAAUUUGGAUAAAGAAUGAAUUUUCUCACACUCGAAACAAGCUGGAGGCCUAUGCUCAGAUGGAGCGGAGGAUUAUCAGACUCAAGAGCAAACAACAAAGCAGCGCUUGUGUGCCAUCAAGUUCUCUCGGUUGUUUGAGAGAAGUUCCUGAGAAGUGAGAAUGCAAUCACUUCCGUAUGGAAGUGAAGAACUGUAAUAGCAUGUAUAGAAUUUUUUAUAGUUGCUCCAUCUACGUGGUCGCAUGUGUUUACAAGGGAUGCUUUAUAAACAAAAGCUCUAUCUACCUAUUAACUUGAGUUUUCUGUUAAUGAUUUGACAAUUAAUGUUCUAUAUUUUCUUCCUACUUA